UAUCUACCAGCCACUCAACUUCCAACCUCUGGUACUAACAGAUUCUGCUGGAAACGAAAAUGGCUUCAACACCUCUGCUUCUCCCACAUGCAUUUGCUAAAGGGUUAUCUACCAAUCAUCAAAGAAUAUCCAAAGCCCAGUUUCAGUGUUUCUUGAUGAAGGCCUCAGAGAAUGGUGGGAACGGGAAAGAGCUCGCAUUGAUUAAGCGAAGGGAGCUAAUUGGGUUGGGUCUGGGUGCUUCUGCGGGGUUCUUAAUGGGUUUAUCUAGUGCCCAAGCAGCCGGAUUGCCCCCUGAGGAAAAGCCCAGAUUGUGCGACGAUUCUUGUGAGAAAGAGCUUGAAAAUGUCCCUAUGGUAACUACUGAGUCCGGUUUGCAAUACAAGGACAUCAAAGUUGGAGGCGGCCCUAGCCCCCCUGUUGGGUUUCAGGUAGCUGCUAAUUAUGUUGCCAUGGUACCAUCUGGACAAAUCUUUGAUAGUUCUCUGGAGAAAGGUCAACUUUAUAUUUUUCGAGUGGGUUCUGGUCAGGUGAUCAAGGGACUUGAUGAAGGUCUCCUAUCCAUGAAAGUUGGUGGAAAACGUCGACUUUACAUUCCGGGAUCAUUGGCAUUCCCAAAAGGUCUGACAUCAGCCCCUGGAAGGCCAAGAGUGGCUCCUAACAGCCCAGUUGUAUUUGAUGUGAGUUUGGAGUAUAUACCAGGCCUUGAAGAUGAGGAAGAGUAAUUAAUUAGUUUGUUCUCCAAUCUUAGAAACUUGAGAAGAAGAAGAUUGAGGCUCAUUGUUCACACUUGUAUACUUACAUUACUUCAUUCUUUAUACAAUGAUAUGAUAGAGCAAAGUUUUCUAUUAUAUACUUGCAUAUAUGGAAUGAAAAGUUUAUUAAAUUGGAUUAGUGAA